AUGUUCAGGAGCCCGUCGCCAGCCCAGUCCAGUACAACUGCAUCUGACAAUGAAGACGAGGAUUUCAAUAAGUCUGCGUUUUUUGCGCCUCCAGAGUUGUCAAUCACUCCCGCUCAGUGGUCGACUCGUCUCCACGCCGUUCCUCACGUCUCUAGUUCAUCCCCCCACUCUCUAGCAUCGACCCUACCACCAGAAAUUCUCAUCCACAUUUUAAAACACCUUCACUCCCCAACCGACCUCUACCAUGCCCUGCUGGUCUCCCGCGUCUGGUGCGAGUGCUCCGUGGAGCUUUUGUGGUAUCGACCCAAUGUCACGAAGCUGUACACGUUAGUGAAGAUGAUGCGCGUAUUAUCUCGGGCCAACCAAACCUUCCUUUAUGCACAUUUUAUCCGCCGCCUCAAUUUCCUUUACCUCGGAAGCGAGCUAAACGAUACCUUGCUUUCACGCCUCGCACAUUGCGUGAGGCUGGAGCGUCUCACGCUGAUCAACUGUAGCUCUCUUUCCGAUGAUGGCCUCUCCCGCGUUUUGCCAUUUUGCCCCAACCUCGUAGCGCUCGAUCUUACCGGUGUAACCGAGGUUAGCGACAGGUCCAUCGUUGCUCUCGCCGCAUCAACCGCGAAGCUGCAGGGAAUUAAUCUAGGCGGAUGCAAGAAACUGACGGAUAAAUCAAUCAAAGCUCUGGCUGCUAGCUGUCCACUCCUUCGCCGGGUCAAGCUAAGCAAUGUCGAGCUUAUUACUGACGAAUCUGUCACAGCCUUGGCUUGCUCGUGCCCUCUCCUACUUGAGAUUGAUCUCAAUAACUGCAAGUCGAUAACGGAUGCUUCUGUUCGGGACAUCUGGACACAUCUGACCCAAAUGCGCGAAUUACGUCUCUCCCAUUGUGCUGAACUUACUGACGCCGCAUUUCCCAUGCCAUCGAGGCUUGAACCACCUCUUGGCACUGGUCCAAACCCAUUCCCCGUCUCUGGAAAUGGCUUCCAGCAGGAGAAACACCCUCCUCUCCGUCUCUCCCGGAAUUUGGAGCAUCUACGGAUGUUGGACCUCACAGCAUGCUCUCAGAUUACAGACGAUGCGAUAGAAGGCAUUAUAUCUGUGGCACCGAAGAUACGCAAUCUUGUUCUGGCGAAAUGCACCCAGCUCACAGACAUCGCGGUGGAAAGCAUAUGCAACCUCGACAAGCAUCUCCAUUAUCUACAUUUGGGGCAUGCUGGCGGGAUUACAGAUCGUUCGAUCAGGUCUCUGGCACGAGCAUGCACACGUUUACGCUACAUUGAUCUCGCAAAUUGUCUGCGACUUACCGACAUGUCUGUAUUUGAGCUGUCCAGCCUGCAAAAAUUGCGGCGCAUUGGACUGGUUCGCGUCAGCAAUCUUACUGACCAGGCCAUCUACGCUCUUGGGGAGCGUCAUGCGACCCUUGAGCGUAUACACCUUUCAUAUUGCGAUCAGAUCAGCGUUAUGUCUGUGCACUUCCUGUUGCAAAAACUCCCCAAACUCACACACUUGAGCCUCACCGGAGUCCCCGCCUUCCUUAGACCUGAAGUGCAGCAGUUUUGCCGCGAUCCUCCCCAGGAAUUCAAUACGAGUCAGCGGGCAGCAUUUUGUGUUUUCUCUGGGAAGGGUGUCGCAGAUCUCCGCAAUUUUCUCAUGGAGCUAUUUACACACAUUACGGAGGAAAAUAACGAAGCCGACGAGACAGAUUAUGAGGAUGGGCAGCGCUCACAAGAAUAUCGUCCACAGUAUCUGGAUGAACAAGGCUCGAUGGACGAUGACCAAGAGGACGACGAAGAUGACGAUGACGCGAUGAUAGAGUAUUAUACGCGUCAUCCAAAUGUCGUCGUCUCCCGUGGCGGGUAUAGACCAAACGUUGUGACUCCCCAAAACGUGCAGUACGAGCCUCCUCGUGCUACCCAGCCCACGAUCGCUCGGGAGCUAGCCAUGACUCGGGAACGUGGAGGUACUGUAGUUCCUCGGAUUCGCAGUCAACAAACACCUUCACAUGAUCCUCACGGUGGCGUACGACGACCACGAGGUUUUGGUCAACAUCCAAUUAUCGAGACUUCUACGUCGCCAGCGCCCAGUGAUGCUGCAUCGGCCGUCUCGAAUCGUAGCGGAGGCACGACUUCCAGUGGCACAACGUUUUUUCGUCGCGCUUACGUCGAAUCACCAGGCGCAGCAAGGAAUAGUGUCAUGACGCCUGACCUUGUAUUUGCUGAAAUUGGUCAUGGGCGGGGCGCAGACCCAGGACCAAGCACGGUAUUCAUGCCGGUUCCGCACAGGCGUGUGCCCGAGCUAUCGACGGGGAUGCAGCCGUACGUGGUGAUGCCAGGCGUUUCACCAUAUGCGUAUGCACCAACUGGAUCUUCCUCAUACCCGGCUACCAGUGGAUUCCGUCUGCCAGUAAGCGAUGGUGAUGUACGGCUGGCUUAUCCUCACGACUCUCGGCAAAUAUUGGUGGACUCAUCCAACUCAUAUCAGCACGGGGCGGGACGGUCUGAGAUACCAGCUUGGGUACCACCCGCACAGCAGGAGGAGGAGUCGCGGUCACUCUCCUCUUCGCCAACGACGCGGGAACUUCAAGAGUCCAUACACUCAGCCCUUGGACCUCAGUCAGCCCUUUUUGACAAUCGGGAAGUGGACGGGAGAGGAAGGAGUGUUAAGAGAAGUCUUAGGAACACCUUCACAGCUGCGGAACACUACGCAAGCUCUUUCUUCUUUGGUCAUGGGAGAGGUCCAGGGAAUGGACAUGAUGGUGCAGCAGGUCCUGCGACUAGUCGAGACAGCGAUUCACAUGGCCACUAG